CGUCUUCCAGAUAAAGGAAAGACGUUUUCUCCACUCUCUCAGGCGGUCAAAUCGCUUUGCAUGGAUGUAGCAUACCACGUAAAAAUAUGCAACGAUACGAAUUUCUGCAAUAAUUACUGCAAUCCUCCAGUGACUAUCGAACCUCAACGACGCAAGUGUUCCGCAUUCUCUUUCAGAACUUUUAUCUCGAAAAAGUUCCUUUUUGCUUCUUCUUCAUUUUCAGAGCCCAUUACUAGAAGGCAAAUGAUCUGGACCUGUUUAUUUCGGGGCAGCUCUUUAUGUAAUGCUGACACAUUGCCACAACAGUGUCGAUAUUCGAGGACAAUAAACAGACGAGCUUCGUCCGAGCAAAUCUCUUCCCAGAGGAAGCGAGCGAGCCAUUUAUUCUAG